GUGUAAAAGGUAGCGUGUUUUAAAGGGGCUGGAACAAGAGACGCGCAUGGAUCGUUUUCAGUUGCUCUGGACUUGCUGAGUGGGGCAUUCAUUCAUGUAUCAUCCUCCGGGACUAAACUAUUGUGGAUAUAUAGGUAGACUUAUUGAUCAGUGCUAUAGUUUUGUGUUUGAGGAAAAGCAUGUUAGAUUUCUACCGAGGGACAAAAAAACUGGAACUUAAAGUUGAGGGAUAGACUUAUUGUUCCUAAAUUUCUCAUCUAUAAAUGUAAAAAAAAAAUUCAGGUGAAUGUUUCAGACAACCUCGCCACCGCCUGACCUCACAGUAUGGCUACAAAGUCCGGGACAGACACUACUGAAAGCCACUCAGCAUGACCAAUGCAAUGACCGUCAAUUAUCUAUUCUUCCUCGGAAUCCUUAUUCCCUGUAUCAUCACCAUCGCUCUCUUCAUCGUCUUCAUCUACUGCAUGCGAAAGUUCAGGAUACGACGAGAAAUUAUGACAAAGAAGCAUGACCCCCAUGGACGACUGAGGAAACUCCAUGGGGCCUACGCUCCCCCACCCCCUCCUCUCCCUCCCAUGUGGAGCAGACAGUCCAAACAGUUUAAACAGAAGGACAGACUACUGAGUGAGAGGGACAAUGAGGCGUACGAGGCAACUGGUGAAUUAUCACCAGACCAGCCCAACAACCCUCAGCUGUAUCAGACGUGUAACGACAGCGGGAUGUCAGAUCUCAGUGAGGGACAGUACCGAUACGAGAGAGAGCGACCGUAUUCACAGUCCUCAACGGAUUCCGAGGAUUCUGGAUUUCGCAGUUCCAGAUCUGGACAAUACUUACAUAGUGCACAAAAUAGCAAUACUCAAGACAUGCCUCUGUUCAAACCUAUAAAAUCUCAUAGAGAAAGUCUAACAAUGACUGUGCAACAAGGGUGUUCUUCAAAACAACCCAGUCCAAGUCACCGAUCAAAUUCCAACUGUGACUUUUAUCGCAGUUCUAGUCGACAGUCUAAACAUAGAAACAGUCGUCCUUCCUCCAGGAGGAAAGCUAGUGAAAGGUCCUCAUCCGCCAUUCAUCAAACUCCAUCCCCUUCCUGUACAAAACUUGAUCCUAUUACCAUGACAUUUAUAAGUAACUCAUCUCCAUCAACCAUAGAUCUCCUACCACCGCAACCCUCCUACAGAAAAAGUACCCCGGAGGCCAUAGAUCUGCAGCAAAUAGAGACAGAUGUUAAACUUAACCAUAUUCCUUCUAUCUCUCAGCAGUGUAGACCAUUGACUAUGACGACUGCUAUGGUACAUACCCCUCUCCAUCACUACCCAGCAAACACCCCGCGUAUGUCAUAUUCUGUUGUAUGAAACAUGGAGUAUUUUCUAAAUGGAAUAUUGUGAUAGAGAUGUGAUUUUGUUCAGUGUUUCUCUGAGUAGAGGAUUAAUAUUUCAGUGAGGCGAUAUCCUUGUGCAAUUUUCAGACAGGAUGUAUCCAUUUAGCUUACAAAGCAAGUACAUGCUGUUGACAAUAUUUAUUUUGUGUGAAUCUGCAGACUGCAGAAUAAAAAUCAAACAAGAAAUCCUAUAUAAUUUCGAACCUCUGGAAAUCCGCAAGGAAAAGAGAAAACCCAGCUCUCCGGGUAUUUAACAGGACCAAGUCUGUGAUAAAUAGAAAAUGUCUGAUGAUCUACUUUCACUUUGUGUCAGUUUAGACAGAAAGUUUCGUUUCCUGGACAAUUUUAUUUCGAUGCCGGAAUUCACGUGUUGUGUAAAUGGUUGUGAUGACAAUCAAAAUACAGUCUUUGUGACGAUUGUCCAGCGAACAAUCCAUUUUUACUCAAAGACACAAACUAAAAAGGAUUUUUGUUAUGAUGAUGGAGAAGAAACAUAAUGUUUCUGUUAGGUAAAUGUGAUGUAACUUUGAAAUGAGUGGCAGUGAUGAAUGAAGAGUAUAUUUUUCAUAAUUUCUAUGCUAAUUAUUUGAACCAGGAAUUAUUCAGCUUCAUAAAGAAGCGUGAAAUAAAUAAGGAGAAACUCUU